GCUGAGACCAUCACCGCCCACAUUCUGUAAACGUGUCCAUGCCGUUGGCUUCUCUUCUUUAAUUUCAUCAUUCUUGUUUUCAUUCUUCUUUCUCAAGUAAUUAUCUGUAGCAAUUUUGUGCUUUUCUUCAGCUAGAGUUUCGUUUCUUAUAUACUGUUCCGAAUUAUUUCCAUCUUCCAUGAAGAACAUUUUGCAGCAUCAGCCUCAAUUGUUGUCUCUUUUUCCAGUAGAAGCAAUUCAAGAUGCAUAUCCCAACCGUUACAAGAUUUAUGCUCCUUCCAAUAUGGGAAAAGCGAAAGCAGAGCACAACUCCGAGCACCAUUUGAUGGAAAGCACAAACUCAGGCUCUGAUCAUAACGAUGACAUUCAAGAAUCAGCAGUUUCUGACUCUGAGAGCGGUAUUUUUGGCUCCAAUUAUCAAGAGAACGCACAAUCAGAUGAUUUGAUAAGGAUUGAUGAAGGUGAUAAGAUGCAUCAGAUUAUCAAUAAAAAGUUUAUUUCAGGUUUGGGUAUACUUGGAUUAUCUACACAAAUUGAGGCCAUUGACAAGAAUGCUUAUUCUAGCUUCACAAUGCAAGCUAGGCUUCAGUCAUUCCUUAGAUUUUCCAAAGCAAUGGAGAAAAAAUGUGGGGGGAAUGCUAAUGAGAAGUAUGCUUGGUUUGGAGCCUCCAAGGAUGAUAUUGACAGCAUAUUUUCUCAUGGUUUUGGGAAUCCUAUGAACAAUGGAGCUUAUGGUCACUGCAUUUGCCUCUCUCCUUAUGAUUAUCCUCUUGAUUGUCUUCAAACAACUAUUCCUGAUAAGGAUGGGCUAAGACAUUUAUUGCUUAGUCGUGUGAUACUAGGAAGAUUAGAAGUUGUUCAUCCUGGUUUAGGACAAUCUCAUCCAACUUCUGAGCAGUUUGACACUGGGGUUGACAAUUUACAUUCUCCAAGAAAAUACAUUGUGUGGAGUAGCAACAUGAAUGCUUAUAUUUUCCCUGACUUUGUGAUCAGUUUCAGAAUAAUUUCGAAGGUCAAAGAGAGUAGAAUAUUUUCAGUUCCUUUAAAAAGUCCAAGUUCAGCGUGGAUUUCUUUUCCUGCUUUGAUAUCUGCACUAUCAAAAAUUUUGCCGCCUAACACCGUCAAACUGAUUAAGAAAUAUCAUAGUGAUUAUAAGGAGAGGAAGAUCACUAGGCGCGGGUUGAUACAACAAGCUAGAAAAUUAGCAGGAGAUGAGUUGUUAGCUUUAAUCAUAAAGUCCUGCAAAACUAAGCAAAAUAAAGGAUCAACUGCAGACUCACCCAGAAGCAGCUCUAUCAACCUUCAACAAUGGGAUAAUGAAACCUAUCCUUUGCCUAAACAGGAUUCCAUUUGAUAUAAUAGUUUUGGAAGUAGCUUAUUAUCCACACACAAUAUUUUUUAUUCUCUUCAGAACCUUUUUUCC